UAGAUAGAUUCGUCGGUUAUGUGGUUAUGGCAUACCGGUAGCAACGUCGACGCCAUUUUAAGGAGUGUUAGUGUCUAAAGAUGCAGUUGUUCCUGUAUUCGUUUUAAUUAAUCGAGUGAGAGUAAAGUUGACGUAUUAUUAUAAUAUUUCAACAAAAUGACGCAAUUUUUACCUCCGAAUUUACUUGCGCUUUUUGCUCCUCGCGAUCCAAUACCUUAUUUGCCACCAGCCAGCAAGCUUCCACACGAAAAGAAGAAUGGAGGAUAUAUUGGCGUUGGAGCAUUUCUCAAAUAUUUUGAGGAUCCGAAAGAUACCCCACCACCUGUACGCGUUGAAACUCGAGAAGAACGUUUGGAACGCCGUAGGAGAGAACGUGCCGAGCAAGUUGCUUAUAAGUUAGAACAAGAAAUAGCAGUAUGGGAUCCUGCUGGUAUUCCAAACGUGACUGCGGAUCCUUUUAAAACUUUAUUUGUAGCAAGAAUAAAUUAUGAUACAUCGGAAUCAAAGCUCAGGAGGGAAUUUGAAGUCUAUGGACCGGUAAAAAAGAUUGUGGUAAUUCAUAAUACAAUAAAUGGCAAACCUAGGGGAUAUGCUUUCAUUGAAUAUGAGCACGAAAGAGACAUGCACUCGUGGUGGCCGCUGCCGGCAACUAGUGCCGUUCACUAUUCCAUGCAAUCCCUGAACCUGCCUGAUAUGAUAGCUGCGUAUAAGCAUGCCGAUGGUAAGAAAAUAGAUGGUCGCAGAGUGUUGGUUGACGUGGAGCGUGCAAGAACGGUAAAAGGGUGGCUCCCUCGACGACUUGGUGGUGGUCUAGGUGGUACUCGCAGAGGUGGACCUGAUGUGAAUAUAAAGCACUCCGGUAGGGAAGAUAACGAAAGAGAAAGAGAACGAUAUCGUCUCGAGCGAGAGAGGGAAACCUCAGGACGAGGGCUGGACAGGGACAGGGAUCGUGAUCGUUUAGACAGAGAACGCAGAAGGUCACGCGAUCGUAAACGAAGAUCAAGGAGUAGGUCACGCGACCGAAAACGUAGACGUAGUCGAGAUCGUUUACCGGAUCCUGACAUUGAGGAAAUUCAAAGAGACGAACGACCACGCGACAGAAGAGAUCGCGAUCGUGAUCGAGAUCGUGAUCGAGAUCGUAAAAGGAGUAACGAUCGUGAUCGCGAUCGCGAUAGGGAUAGGAAGAGAAAUAAGAGAGACAGAGAUCGUGAGCGCAGGGAUAGAAAAGAUCGUGGCGAUCGUCAAGACGAAGAUACCAAGGAAAUUCGUAUUAAGGAAGAACCUUUGGAUGAUUAUCCCGAUUAUAGUAACACGUUUUCAACGUCAGGAUCGUAUUUCACCGCGGUCAAGUAUGAAGAUGAUAACGAUCAAGAAGUCGAAGAAAAAUAUAGAAUUCCCGAAGGUCGCCCUGAUCCACCCCCAUACAAUAAUUACGACUCUGUACAAGAUUAUUGAUCUCAGUAAUAUGCCUUAUGACGUUUUCUCUCUGCCCGCGACGAAUCGAUGCGACCAUCAAUAAUGUUCUAUUGUAUUUCCUAUUGUUAUUAGUGUAAUGCUGUACUUACCGCAUUUGAGUACCGAAUUGUAUAGUGGAAUGGAAAAUUAAUGACCAGAUAUUCUAUUGGCAUAUUGCAAGGUAAGCAGCUUUGAUCUACGUUUAUAAUUAGCCGUUCCUUGGUAAUUAAUUUAGAAAUAUAUAUUUUUCGUCGUUGGAACGAAAGGUAAAAUUCCAUUGAAAUUUUUAAGAUUGGAAUGUAUUAAAUACAAUAUUCUAGCAGUUCAAACAGAACCUCGCAAUAUGGAACACACACAGAAGUUCAUAAACGUUUUCAACCUUAUUGCUACCACGAAUAAAAGUACUGUCACUCGCUGUAUUUGUACAUACAUAAUAUGAGUAUAUGGAUGAAUUGAAAUUCUUCAUGAUAACUGCUGCAUGUAUAUUUAUAUAUGUAUAUAUGUAUAUAUAUAUAUAUAUAAAUAUAUUCAUAUAUGUGUAUGUGUGUAUAUGAAUAUAUGUAUAUAUGUAUGUAUAUAUGUAUAUGUAUAUAUAUUCCAAUAAAAUAAAGGAUAUAAUUCAUCUGUUAGAUACAUUUAAGAAGCAUAAAUGGCUCUUCGUAGGAUUAACAUUCUUUUUUUUUUUGUUAUUGGAUCAUAUAUCUUUUAUUUUAUUCUUUUUACGUUUAUUAUAUCUAUAUGGAAUCGAAGAAAAUGAUUAUGGAAGUAGAUUUAUUCUGAGACGUAAAGGAUUAUGAAGAAACGAGAUAAUAUUUUUUUUUAAUUGGAUAUCUAUCUGUAUUUUAUAUUGUUAGAUGUGAGGAAAUGUCGAGAAAGAUUAUUUUCCUACGAUUUGAAUUUAACGCCAUUUUGUUUGUAACUACGCUAGUUUUACCAUCUAGUUCGAAUCCCUAGAUAAAAAUCAAUAUAUCAUAUUUAAUUGCAUUUUUAAGUCGAGCAAUGGAUAGAGAAAAAAAAGAAAGAAGACACCGCGUUUUAGUGUUCGUCCUACGGAAAUGACAAUUUCUUUCUCGAACGAGUUGAAAACUCGUUAUCCAAUCGAAAUACCUUUUUUCGUGUCGUAAAUUGCUUGGACGAGAGCUCAACGACUUUUGCGUAUUUCCGGUUUAACUGUUUCCUCUAUUAUGUUUUCGAAUAAUAUUUCGUGAAGAAAAAUGCGAAUUAUUCUUAAGAAAAUAGUUCUUUCAUUUCGUCAACAAUUAUAUUAAAAAUAAUUCAAUGUUGUAAAGCUGAGUUUAAGAUGAAAAUUUUGAAAUAUAUAAUCGAUAGACUAUCGGAACUAUA